AUGGCUUCAGACAGCCAAACAUCUGACCUGGGCGAUGAUACUACGCGCCAGAAAAACAUCACAAAUGUUCGAAAAAGUCGGGAGAGCGCAUCACUGGUCCUCAUCCUCGUCUGGAGUAAGCAGGGUUUUGUACUUUGCGUAGUCAUCACCCCUCUUCUUGACGCACGCAGCCUUAAUAUUAGGAUGGAGAGCGUCAUCACGAAGUCAACUGGCAAUAGCCUUGUCAAGGCCUUCGACCAUGAUCUUGGAGUGCGUCGUCCACGAGCAGUAGCCAAGUCGUCACAAGCUUUAGCGUGGACAGCAUCAGCAUAG